UUCCUGCGUCCACCUUUUUCUUGAAUUCUGUUGAACAUUGGAGAAGGUUCGUGAAUAAGUCGCCCAUUUGCUGCUAUAUAUCUAAAUUUCACGGAGAUUUGGAAAACUUUUGUAUUCAUCACUAGUUCUCAAUUAUCGUUGCUGGUUCCGGAUCAAGGUUUUCUGCGGUCUUCUAUUACAGUCAAUCCAGAAAUGGCCAAAGAUGGACCCAACUGGGAAGGUUUGCUCAAAUGGAGUCUCGCUCAUUCCGAUGGAACUCGACCCACUGGCAAUAUAAGUGAGGAGGACCGGAGAUGGUUUAUGGAAGCUAUGCAAGCGCAGACCGUCGAUGUCAUAAAACGUAUGAAAGAGAUUACCCUUGUUAUGAAAACUCCAGAGCAAGAAUUGGAGGCUCAAGGAGUUACCCCCGCUGAAAUUGAAGAUAUGCUGGAUGAGUUGCAGGAGCAUGUGGAAUCCAUAGAUAUGGCAAAUGAUCUUCACUCCAUUGGUGGUUUGGUUCCUCUUCUUGGUUACCUCAAGAACCCUCAUGCAAAUAUUCGAGCAAAGGCUGCUGAUGUUGUGACUACAAUAGUCCAGAAUAAUCCAGAGAGUCAGGAACGUGUUAUGAAUGCAAAUGGUUUUGAACCUCUUAUUUCUAAUUUCAGUUCAGAUCCUGAUGUGAAAGUCCGAACUCAGGCACUUGGUGCAAUAUCUUCAUUGAUUCAUCACAACAAAAAAGGCAUCACUGCAUUUCGACUAGCAAAUGGUUAUGCAUCCUUAAAAGAAGCAUUGUCCUCUGAAAAUGUGAGGUUUCAAAGGAAAGCACUUAACUUGAUCCACUACCUAUUGCAAGAGAAUGAUUCAGAUUGCAGCAUACUGCAUGAGCUAGGAUUUCCCCGUUUGAUGAUGCAUCUUGCCUACAGCGAAGAUGCAGAUGUCAGAGAAGCUGCUCUUCGUGGCCUUCUUGAGCUAGCUCGCAACGAGAAAGAUGGUGCUGCUAGUAUGUCAGGGGAAGAUGAUGGUAAAAUGAAACAACUUCUUCAAGAACGGAUAAAUGGUAUUGGUUUAAUGUCAGCCGAGGACCUUGGGGCAGCUAGGGAAGAAAGGCAUCUUGUGGACUCUCUUUGGCGUACUCUCUUUAACGAGCCAUCUUCCCUUAGGGAGAACGGUCUUCUAAUCCUUCCCGGUGAAGAUGCGCCCCCACCAGAUGUUGCUAGCCGGCAUUUUGAGCCUCCCCUUCGGGCCUGGGCUGCAAACCCUAAUUCAAAGAAAGACUCUAGUAGUGAAAACACAGAGCCACCGUUGCUUUUAGGGCCAGGACCUUCACCUGCUGCCCCUAAUUCUCAAGAUAGUUCAGGUACAGGACUGGACGCCAAUGCCCAGACAGGUCCUCCUCGAUAAACAUGUUAUGCUGUUUUCUCCUUUUUUUUAACCCCCCUCUUUCCGUGUGGGCACUCUUGUACCAUCCUCUAUAAACAGAUGGUUUCUUAAGGCAUCUCUUUUACUCAUGGCCAUUUUUCAAUUGCUGCACGCUUUAUCGUGGAAUCUGUCAAACUACCUAACCUGGUUUAUAUGUCGUACUAAAUGUCUGUCCUGUUUCCAACA